AUAAUGCCAUAACCCCAUGUAACUAAAGGGUACACAUUUAUAUAUAUGUGUUUGUGUGGGUGUGGACAUUUAUUUCCAUCAGUCCUUUACAAAUCUUAAGUUCGUCUGCAGAUUCUUGAUCGCACAUUACAGUAAAUUCUCUCUCCAUCUCCAAUGGAGCCCUCCAAUCUCUCCCUCAAAAUCAUCUUCUUCCUCUGCUGCUUUCUACUCACAUCAGGAUCAGGUAUUCAACUAAUUCAAGGCUCACCGCUCCACCGCCACCGCCACCGCCACCGCCACCGUCAUCAGGUGACCGAUGGCGCCUCCAGGCCGACAAAACUGUUCGUCUUCGGAGAUUCAUAUGCCGACACGGGCAACAUCAGGAAAUCCUUCGGCGGCGCGUGGAAGGACCCCUACGGCUCCACCUUCCCCGGAAAACCCGCCGGCCGUUUCUCCGACGGCCGUGUUCUCACUGAUUACAUCGCAAAGUUCUUGGGGCUCAAAUCUCCCCUGGCCUAUGAAUGGAGGAAGUAUGGAGGCAAAAAGUUUCGCAACGGGAUGAACUUCGCCUAUGGCGGCAGCGGCGUAUUCGACACUCUCGCCGAUAUACUUCCCAACAUGACCACUCAAAUUGGCUUUUUUGAGAAUCUCAUUGAUAACAACAAUCUUGAUCAUGAUCAUGAUCAUCCCCUCUACGUUAACCAAGACUUGCAAUGCUCUGUUUUCUUAGUCUCUCUUACCGGCAACGAUUACGGCGCUUAUCUAAAUAACGGCGGCACGAUGGAGGGAAUCCGAAGCUUCAUCCCUCGAGUGAUCAAUCAGCUUACACUGAACUUGAACCGGAUGUACGAACUGGGCGCUCGCCGUGUUCUUGUGACGGCCUUGCCGCCGCUCGGAUGCCUACCGCAGAUGACGGCAGGAAAUUCUUUUCAGAGAUGCAAUGCUACUCAGAACUCUGCUGUUGGUUACCAUAACCUCCUCUUGCAGCAAGCUGUGGCCGAGCUGAAUAAUGAGACGAGGAGCUCGACGUUCUUCGUCGUCGAUCUCUACAGCACCUUCGAGCGUGUGCUGGAUCGAAACGGAGGGUUCGAGAGUGGGUUGAAGCCAUGCUGUGUGGCGAACAGCGCCGGAUACUUCUGCGGCAGCGUCGACGAGAAUGGGAAGAAGAUGUAUACGGUUUGCAGUGAUCCGAAAUCGGCAUUCUUCUGGGAUUCGUCGCAUCCAACUGAGGCUGGAUGGGAGGCUGUGUUUAUGAACCUCCAGUCGAGUCUCCAACAAUUCUUUGGAUAUUAAUUGCAGGAGUUUGUCAUGUUCCAAGGUUCGAUCGUUUGAAUUGCAUCCAUGUAUGUUCCUUCUUUCUUUCUGUUUUUGUGAUGUGUUCGAUUUGUUUUGAUAGCACUCAAGUUGUUGUAUCAGUGAAGUGCUGCUCCAUGGAUCCGAUAUCAAUUCUUUGAAUUCAGAUUAGUUGUUAAAUGAUUCAGUAUUGGAAA